AUGUCUAGUCCCCCUCUCAGCCCUGCCCCAAAUCCCUCGACUACCACCACCGCCGACCAUAACCUCGCUAUCCCAAAGCUACACGAACCCCAGCAGAGCCAUGCUGCCCCUCCAACUACAACCUCCUUAGGACGAGCUCUGCUCGGAAAUACACUUCAUGAGGGAGUUGGUCACCCUCUCAGUGACACGCCCAUGGGAAGUGCGACGCCGGCUACUGCUCCAGGCAGUCCGCGGAUCAUGCCCAUCAGACAGAACUCGGGCUCUUCAACUCCUCGAGUCAGACCACCAGCAACGACCCUAAAUAUCCCUGGUAUGACUAGAUCGCGAGUAUCCCCCGAUGGCAAGAUAUCACAGAGAGACGUUGGGGCCAAGCUGGUUGUGAUUAUGGUCGGAUUGCCUGCUAGAGGAAAGUCCUAUAUCACCCGGAAGCUCCAGCGAUAUCUAUCCUGGCAACAACACGAAUCGCGAAUAUUCAAUGUUGGGAACAGAAGACGAGUAGUAGCGGGUGCCACCACAGGUCCCGUCGAAGCACCAAGCUCUCCACCGCGAUCUCCUCAGAAAUCAUCCCGACCCGUCCGCACAGGAUCGAUUCAAGGAGUCAUUGAUGCGCCUACGCAGGCCGCCCAUAUCCUCUUGAAUGGCGUUGAUCCCACAAUCCAGGAGGCGGUCGACGGCGAAGCACAGGAGAAAAACAAGCCUAUCCAGCUGCCAAGAUCUGAAAGUAUGGAUCAAUCUGCCGAGUUCUUUGACCCCAACAAUACGAAAGCCGCGGCCAUUAGAGAGCAAGUUGCUAUGUCAACUCUAGAUGAGCUCUUGGCUUUCCUUCUCGAGCAGGGUGGUUCUGUUGGUAUCCUUGAUGCAACCAACAGUACGAUAGCGCGUCGCCAGACUCUGUUCAAUCACAUUAAGCGUCGAGAGCCGAAGCUUGGCAUCCUCUUUAUUGAGAGUGUCUGCGAAGACGAAAAGGUGACUAUUUCAUAUCAAUUUGAGAAAAUCCUAGCUAACUGUUCCGAGCUUCUCGAGACAAAUAUGCGCUUGAAGCUACGUGGUCCAGACUACAGAGGUAAAGAUCCUGAGACUUCUUAUCUGGACUUCAAGAAGCGAGUUGAAGCGUAUGAGAGUGCCUAUGUCCCGCUGGGCAAGUAUGAAGAGGAACAUCACAUGCAGUAUAUUAAGAUGAUCGACGUGGGGAAGAAGGUCAUCCAUUAUCAGUUGUCGGGCUUCCUUGCAAGUGGAAUUGCUGCUUACCUGUCGACAUUUAACCUCUCGCCUCGCCAGAUUUGGAUCACUCGGCACGGCAAAUCUUACGACAAUUGUCUAGGCAAAAUUGGCGGAGAUUCAGACCUCACACCUGAAGGGCGAAAAUAUGGCACUGUUCUCUACAACUUCAUUGGCCACAAGCGCAAGGAAUGGGAGUUUGAUCAGAAGAAGAGAGCGAUCGAGAGCUCGUCGCUCCCACCCAAGCCGGGAGACCACACUCCACCCUAUCCGGAGCUUCUUGGCGAGCUCGAGGAAAAGAACUUCUGCGUAUGGACAUCCAUGCUCAAGAGAAGCAUUCAAACUGCGGCCGACUUUGACGAGGACGACGAUUAUGAUGUCAAAAACUGGGAGAUGCUGAAUGAGCUUAAUGCUGGCUCAUUUGAAGGCCUGACGUACGAAGAGAUUGAACAACAAUUUCCUGACGAGUUUCAGAAGCGGGCGAAGGAUAAAUUGCAUUACAUCUAUCCUGGCGUUGGAGGCGAGGGCUAUCUACAAGUUAUCAGCCGUCUCAGGGAUAUGGUCCGAGAGCUUGAACGCAUCAAAGACCACGUCUUGAUUGUUGGACACCGCUCUAUCGCUCGCGUUCUGAUGGCGUACUUCAUGGAUCUCACGAGAGACGACAUUGCCGAUCUCGAUAUGCCUCUCGGUAUGCUUUACGCCAUCGAACCAAAGCCAUAUGGCAUCGACUUCCAUGCCUACAAAUAUAACGAGAAGAAUUGCUGGUUUGAUGAGCUUCCUGGGUAUGUGCCGCAGAAGGAGACCAAGAAGGGUAAUUAA